AUGAACUCAAUCCACGCGACCUUGUUCGACUUCAUACAUUCAGGCCAUCUCGCCCUUCUCUCAUUAUCGAUCAUUGCGAUUGUUUGGUUUGGUCGAUACAUUUAUGGCAUCGCCAGAGACCCAUUGAAGAAAGUUCCCGGCCCCUUUAUCAAUAGAUGUGUAAAUUGGAAGUUGAAAUUCGCGACCAUCAGCGGCCGACGAAUGUACUACGUUCACGAGCUACAUGAACGCUAUGGACCAUAUGUCCGUCUCUCUCCGACAGAAGUGACUGUUUCAGACCCGGAAGGGUUCAUCCAGAUUCACAAGGUGUCUUCGGGUUUCACAAAAGCCAAUUGGUAUAAUGAGCUAGUCAAUCUCGAGCGAUCGACACUAUUCACUAUGGUUGAUGCUAAAGACCAUGGUGCUCGACGGAGGUUAAUGGCGAGAGCGUUCAGCAAGACAUAUCUGAGACAGCACUGGGAAGGUGUUGUUAGAGAGAAAGUUCGUCUUUGCAUAACAAAGUUGUUGGAGGAGUCGAAUGGAGUGGGGAAAGCAAACAUUUUGAAAUGGUGGACGUUGAUGACCACUGAUGUCGCAACACAUCUCAUGUUUGGAGAGUCAUUCCAUAUGAUUGAGCAGGGCAAGAAAGAUGAGUACAUAAGGAUUCUCGAAAUAGCUUUGAUGGGAGGUGGUAUUGGAGCUGAGUUGCCUCUUGUUCGUGCGAUUGGGAAGCACCUACCUUUUGAACCCUUUAAAACUCUCUUCGGCGGCAACAAAUACAUCAUGGAGAAGGCGCAGACUGCUGUGAAUAACGCAUAUGCUGCAGACGGCGAGAAGAACCUCUUCGCACACAUUAUCCAUGAGGCUGGAAAAGGUGAACAGCUGGACGAGAUCGACGUGAAACUCGAAGCAGGCGCUUUGAUUGUUGCCGGAUCCGACACCACCGCAGUCACGCUCACGUAUCUCGUCUGGUGUGUUUUGUCCAGUCCAGAGUUAUCAGCGUCACUUUGCGCGGAACUAAAAGGUCUCCCAGUCGAUUACUCUGAUCGUGAUUUGGAAGACCUUCCAGUUCUGUCCGCGGUCAUCGAAGAGACACUUCGCUUAUAUGGUGCCGCACCAGGAGGAAUACCCCGACAAAAGCCCAAUGGGCCUGAGUACCUGGGUGGGUACUUGAUUCCCGCUGGCACGACCGUAACCACACAGGCGUACUCGCUGCACCGCAAUGCUCGGAUCUUUCCAGACCCCUUAGCAUUUGACCAUACGAGAUGGCUUCCCACUGAAGGGUUCACCCGAGAAAAUCUCCCUGAACCAGAACUUGCGAAAUCAAUCUUCUCACCUUUUGGUGCUGGGGCUCGUGCAUGCCUUGGAAUUCAUCUUGCUCGAACCGAAUUGCGGCUUGGAGCGGCCGAGUUUUUCCUGCGAUGCCCAAAUGCGAAGUUGGCUCCUACUACAACACCUCAGAGCAUGGAGAUGGAGAAUCAUUUUUUGAUCGCCCCAAAGUCGCACAAGUGCGAGAUUAUUUGUUGA